AUGUCCCCACUCAGUAACAACAGCCUCUUUCUUGAUUACCAUCGCAACCCGCUCAACGGCUAUCUGAUGCGUGGCAUGAAUGUCAGCCUUAGCACUGAUGACCCGCUCCAGUUUCACUUCACUAAGGAACCACUUAUCGAGGAGUACAGCAUUGCUGCACAAGUCUGGAAGUUAACUCCGACGGAUAUGUGCGAACUGGCCAGAAAUAGCGUUAUGAUGAGCGGUUUUUCCCACAUGGUUAAAUCUCACUGGCUUGGACCCCAUUAUCACGAAGAAGGCGUGAUGGGCAAUGACAUUACUCGCACAAAUGUGCCCAACAUAAGAGUCGCCUAUCGUUAUGAGACGUUAACCCAAGAAAUGCGCCUCCUUGUAGCCGCCAUCCUCUCCUCACAAGCCGCAGCAGCAGUAUCCUCUCCCCUCCGCACAUCAGUGGUGAGCAGCCUUCCCUACCCUGGGCUUCCCUUGAUUGAGCAGAACAAAGCUGAGGAGGAAUUAGGACGACAUAAGCUAAACCACGAGAGCUGA